ACAGUGCGAUGUUUUUUUUUACAGCAGAUGAACGACGAAACAUUGCCAGCCAAUCACAAUCCAGUAAAAUUUAAAGGGCUCGCACAUUUAAAUGGUAAAACUCAAGCGUGCAAGCUUAGAAUAAACAAAACGUUAUCGUUUCUGAAUGUGAACGGAUCUUAAGUGUUCAGAAAGUUCCAGUUUCCAAAGCUGCUCUGAAAUUAUGGAUUUAGGGAAGUGUUGGCUGUGAUGUAUCCACGAGUUGUCUAAUGGGUGACUGCUGUGACAGAGCGGCAGAGUGGACUCACAGGGACGCGACGCGACGCGACGCGACGCGGAACACGGAUCACAUGAGCGUGUUGUAGCAACACGAGUUUCCAAGGGGAGGUGACCGGAGACCCCUCAGAGAGACGGAGGAUGAGGCAUUCAUUCACAACACCCAUCAUUCCGUAUCAGCCACAGACACAGACACAACUGACUAGCAACGUGUUUAAAUUAAUUAUGCAUUAUUGCAUUUCAUUUUGAAAUUCGCAUCAGCGGGAUCUUUGCUGUUUAGUUGACAUACAGAUUAUAUGACUGAUGAUCUGAUGGAGUCAGUUUGGGAUCUGUCCGCAACAGAAGACUCAUCACCGGUCUCUGAGCUCUCGUUCAGCCUGCAGAACCUCCAGUGUCAGGAUGGUGUGUCUGAAAAGAGCCCGAGCCCCCGGAGAAAGCUUGUUUUGACGCCUGAAUGGAUCAGCCCACAGACGAACACACUCUCCAGGGAGAGAGAGACGCCAACAGUGUCUGCUGUGAAAAGACGAAGGGCAAGCAGAAGUCUGUCUCCUAAAUCCUCUUCAAACAAGAAGGUCCAGUCAAGACGUCUUUGGGGGGACCUUCAGGAUUCUGCUGCUAAUAAGGAGAAUGAGAGAGCUAUUAAGAGAUUGCGAGUGCAGCUGUCCAGCAGAUUCUCCAGUGCAUCAGAGGAACCAGAAUCAGCAUGUAGAUCUGGGAAACGGUACUGCAGUGAUCCAGAAGAUGAUGCCAGUUGUACGAGGGAGACAGAUGCGGUAGACGCAAUGGCUGCUGCGAGGUUGUGUAGAAUGAGGUCACACAGAAAUGCUCCUCCUACUCAAAUAACCGAGGCCGCCGUCGCUGACCUCACCCUCAUAGGAGACUUUACUAAGGAACACCUGCUUCCUGUUGAGAGUGUAGGCCAUCACGAGCUUCACUGUGUCAGCGUGCACACUGUGGCAUCUCUGAUCAGAGGUGAGUUUGGUCCUGCCGUGAAGGACUUUCUCAUCAUCGACUGUCGUUAUCCAUAUGAAUAUCAAGGCGGACAUAUUAAGGGGGCAAUAAACCUCUAUACUGAAUCUCAGAUCCAGCAAGCUGUAUUCCAAGCAUUAGAAAAGACUGAGCUUUGCCCCGACAGAAGAGUCUCCUCUUGGGGACGACAUGAACAGUGGCCGAGCUGGCAAUCUGACUCAUUGCCAGAAAAAUCUGCUGCGAAAGAGGAGGGCUCAUCAUCGCCACGGAAACUGAUAGUGUUCCACUGCGAGUUCUCGUCCAAAAGAGGGCCACAUCUAUGUCAGUAUCUGAGGAGGUUAGACAGAAGUCUAAAUGUGUACCCAAACCUGCACUAUCCAGAGCUCUACCUUCUGCUGGGUGGUUACAAACACUUCCACAGCUGCUAUCCGGACAUAUGUGAACCGUGUGGAUACGUACCCAUGCGUCAACGGGAGUACCAGGAGCAACUGCAUGGCUUCCGCAGGAGGAGACCCGCUCGACAGCGAAGGCGACGGCCAGUCAGAAUUCAUCAAAGAACCACACGAUAAAAAUGACCAUU